AACAAAAACUAAACACUACAAGAAGUGUAACAAUAAGAAAGCAUAAUGGCGUUAAUUGCGGUAAAGACUGAAGAAAGUUCUCUGCGUAGACGUAUUGAAAAUGAAGGUAUGGAACCAAGGCGAGUUAAGAGACGAAGAGAGGUUACACUUGACUGCAAAAGUCAGCAGUUGACCCCGAGUCAACAGUCGGGUCAAGCUUCACCAACCACGGUGAAACGAAGUUCUAAGUUUCGCGGUGUGAGCAAGCAUAGAUGGACAGGCAGAUAUGAAGCACAUUUGUGGGAUAAACUUUCUUGGAAUGUUACACAGAAAAAGAAAGGAAAACAAGUUUAUCUUGGAGCUUAUGAUGAAGAAGAAUCAGCAGCCAGGGCAUAUGAUCUAGCUGCUCUUAAGUAUUGGGGAUCAUCAACUUUCACUAAUUUCCCGGUCUCGGAUUAUGAGAAAGAGAUCAAAAUAAUGCAGACUGUAACAAAGGAAGAAUAUCUAGCUUCCCUAAGGAGGAGAAGCAGUGGAUUUUCAAGAGGAGUAUCGAAGUAUCGGGGAGUCGCGAGGCAUCAUCAUAACGGAAGAUGGGAAGCCCGGAUCGGAAGAGUUUUUGGAAACAAAUAUCUUUACCUUGGAACUUAUAGCACCCAAGAAGAGGCUGCUCGUGCGUAUGACAUAGCAGCAAUCGAGUACCGCGGCGUGAACGCAGUGACCAACUUCGACUUAAGUACUUACAUCAGAUGGCUGAAGCCAGGAACACAACCACCCGAAGAGCCAAAAACACACUCAGAACUAACGGUUUUGCCAUUUAAUAAUUUCAGUAUGAUGGACGAGUCACAACCACCGUUUUUCGACUAUAAUAACACAAUCACCGAAAAAACAAACUUACCCCAUAAACAAGAAAUGCCUUCCGAAAUCAACUUUCCGUUUAGUCCAAAUAAAAAGUCAUCUCCAACCGCACUCGGGCUGCUAUUUCAGUCAUCGAUCUUUCGAGAUCUUGUUCAGAAAAACUUGAAUGACACUGAAGAACAAGAUGCCGUGGAAGACAAGAAAAGCCAACAACUGAUGGUUAACGAUGAAGAGUACCCCGGGAUAUUCUACAAGACGGAUGAUAACUUUGCGUUUAUGAUCCCGCAAGAUUAUAAGCACUGACUACUGCAUCUGUUUGCUGAACCGGCUGGUUCUUUUUUUGGCAAUUUUCCAAGCCUUCUAUUAUGACCAGGGAAAAUAUGACGCGUUUCGUUUUACAGUUUUUGUUACAUUUCACAUGCUACUAUGUAAAUAAAUUUCCUAAAGAUCGGUAAACUACUUGCAGGAAGAAUAUAGCAGUUUUCUGACGCUGUAGCGCCGGCUAAAAUCUUGUUUAUGAUGAUCAUGUAUGAUGUGUAUAUGAACUGAUUUAAACAAAUUUACAAUAAUAAUAAUACUGAAGGUGGCUAUUUCUAUA